AGGAGCAUUCUACUAUGGUGCUAAUAUAUUUUCCUCGACUCGUCUCUCUCCUCCCGUUAAAAACCCGGCCUUAUGCGCGAGCGAACGAUUUAUAAUCUAAACCUCUUUCUUUCUCUCUGCUCACCUCGUCUCAGUAGUCUAUCUAUCGCCACAGCGUUGUCUCUUCAAAUACCCGCCAAACAGGGUUUCUGCUUCUCUCCUCGCUCAUCAAUGGCUUCGGAUCUCUCUCCUGUGCAGGUUUGUACUUCGAUUCAGGCUAUUUUCGGGUCUAAUUUGACAGAGAACGACGGGACUCUGCGAUUCUCUGGCUUCGGAGUUUGUGAUUUUUCUCCUAAGACGCGUACGGAUGUGAUUGCUCUUCUUGUGAAGCAGUGGAGUUCGUUCGUUCGGUGAAUGAGGGCUGAAGAAUCUUUAGAGAUGGAUCCGGCAGGUUUGGAGGCCGUGGUUCCGACAAGGGUUAAUUCAGAGAAAUCGUUGCCUUCUGUUGGUGAUAAGAGACCCUUGGAGAACGAAGAUGAUGUUGAUAACGGUGGGCGGUUGCAUAAGAAGGCUAAAGGAGAUUUGAAUAUGGAUAUGAAGAAGGUCGCGGAGAUUGUUCUGGUUUUGUCGGCGAUGGGAAAGAUGCGUGGAGGGAGGAAUCCUACCGAUGUGGAGGGAAGGCUCAUGGCGGAAGCUCGGCAGAAAUUGGCGGAAGCGUGUGAAGCGCUGGCUCCGAAGGAUAUCCUUUCUAGUACUGCUGUUAAGGCUGUUAUUGAGGAUAUUGGGCUUAACAAUAGGUUGAAGGAUCAGAGGUUAGGGUUUCGUCCUCCGAAGAUGUCUAUUACGGACAGGUUGCUUCUCACAAAGAGAAAGAUGGAAGAAUCCAAGGGUUUUUCUGGACAAUCUAGAACAUAUUCAUCUCAGUUGUCACAAGUAGGCUUUGGUGCAACAGUUGAAAGUCGUGCUCCACUGUUACCAGCUGCACAUAUGUUUCCACCAGAAAAACCAUGUCCUACACCAGUGUCUGUUGGAGUAUUUCAAUCUGCUCCACCCAUGGUUCAUGUUUCUGCAUUGUCUUCAACAUCCUCGAUGAAUCAGUUGGCUGUUAGUGAAGUAAAGCCAGCUGUGGUGCCCAGAGGACUGCCUAGCAGCUCAGUAGAAAAGGAUUCUUCUUCUUUAACAAUGCCUCGAACAGAAGCAGCACAUUUCAGAUUGGAUGGAAGAUUAAAUGGGCCAGCUUUUGGAUCCCAAGUUCGAGAAAAUACUUCUAGUGAUCACCAGUUGGAGAAAGCUCCCAGACUUGGUCAAACAAACAAGGUGUCAGAUCUUACACCAACUAAGACUGAGGGUUCUUCUAACUUAAGUAAUCCUCAAGUAGCCUUUCAAGCAGCAAAAGAUCAGAGCUCUAAAUCGUCUGUAAUUCAAACUGUAUCCGGUAGCCUGCCAAGUGUACAGCAACCUUCACAUGGCAUCAACUUUAUUCAAAACCCCUCACCUUUCAAUAACCACAAUGACAUUGCAAGGAAUGUUCAGAAAUUUUUGCAUCCAAGGCUUCCUGAGCAUCCUAAUUGGAUUCCCCCUUCAGUUGAGUACAUGAAUAAGGCCUUAACUUGUCAAAUAUGUAAGGCUACCAUCAGUGAUGUAGAAAGUUUACUUGUUUGUGAUGCUUGCGAGAAAGGAGUUCACUUAAAAUGUCUUCAAUCAUACAAUCAAAAAGGCAUUCCUAAAGGGGAGUGGCACUGCCCUAAGUGCAUAAUAUCAAGCAAUGGGAAGCCAUUGCCCCCUAAAUACGGUCGUGUGACGAGAAAUAACACUGCACCUAAGGUGUCUUUAAACACCAAUGGAGGUCUAAUUUCUGCAGUGAAGAAAGUUGAAAAUUCAGAUCAAAAGAUCAAUCAUCAGAAAGCCAUUGCUAAUGGAAACCCUGGUAUACUGAAUCCUGCUGUUGUUGGUGGUACAGGAAGUAACCAUAUUGAGUCAUCCCAUGGACUAAAGAUCACAAGUGUAAUAGAAGCACAGGGAUCUGAUUUCACCAUAAGCAGAGUAGGCCCAGAAAAGUCUAGGGAAAGUGCAGGGAAUUCUGAUCCACCCAUUCAAAGUUGUGGAACAGUGGGAUCCAAUUCUGAUUUUACAUCGCUGCCGAAGUUUGAGCGAGGACACCAUUAUCAAGCCUCAUGUAACUCAUUAGAUUAUGACAAGAAAGGGCCAUUAUACCAUGAAGCUUCUGGAAAUCAAGAUAUUGUUAAUAGUUCCACCCCUAAGGAGCUUGGGAAAUCUGAUUUAAGAGAGACUUCUGAAUGUAAGUCAAGCUGUGAGAUCCGGCAAGAGAACCAAGAUCUUCCUCAGGCAGGUUCAACUAAGGCUUCAGAUUCUGGGAAUGUAGCUAGAGAUUGCAAUAGGUCUUCAUUAGAUGAUUUGCGUGAUGUGGAUUGGGUUGGUGAUAUAGUUCGCAUAGUAGAUGAGAAGUCAUUUUAUCAGUCUUGUCGUGUUAAUGGAGCAGUAUACAAGCUGCAAGAUCAUGCUCUUUUUUGUUCUAGCAAUGAUAAUCUGAGACCUUCGAAGAUUCAGGCCUUGUGGGAGGAUAACAAAACACGGUCAAAGUGGGCUAUUGUGAAUAGGUGUUACUUGCCUAGUGACUUGCCUAAGGUGGUUGGCCGGCCAUGUACUCCUGAAAAUAAUGAGGUAUAUGAAUCUAAUCAUGAUAGCACUGUAAUGGCUGGCUUAAUUCAGGGGCCAUGUCAAGUUCUUCCUCCAAACAAGUUUAAGGAAGAAAGUGAAAGAAGAAGCCAUUUACUUCAUGGGGAAAAUGAUGGAUUACAAACUGUUUUCCUGUGCAAAUGGUUUUAUGAUGAAUCAAAAGGCCUUUUCCGCACUGUUACUGAUUAGGUCACGUCACAUGAUUUUGGAGCACUAUUUUGUCUUGAUUUGCAUUGCCAGACAAUUCUUGGAAUUUCAUUUGCUUUAUCUGGUUAACAGCAGCAGAUGAGGAUUUCAAGGACUUUCAGUCAUUUGAUGAGAAGGGGAUGUGCAUGAUCACAUCUUGUACAGUAUGUAGCUUUAGACUAGGUUGUAUCCUUCUCGAUAAUUUUGUAAUUGUAGUCGUAAUCCAUUAUUUCUGUUUUUAAUCUUUUGGCUCCUUUGGCCUUUUUUUAUUUACAGUAUCUUCGAUUAUAGUGUUUGGAAGGAUGUUUCUGGUCAUGCUGCAUUAAAAUUCUUUAAUACAGGUUUUUUGUAA